AUGUUGUAUUUCUUUCUUCAGAGAGGCAACCAUGCAACUGACUGGCUUCCUUUGCGUGGUACUCUGGUCUGUCAGUGCUGUUGUACUGGCUGAUCAUCACCAGCCAUGCCGUCCUCCUCCACAAAUGCACGGAACUCUGUGGGUGACCGCGUCUAAAGGGGCCCCUUCUUCUGUUGGGGAAUUCAACUACGACUCCCAAGCCAAAAAACUCCACUUCAAAGAUGACGAGCUCCACGUCAACAAAACUGACCACCUGGAGAUGCUGAUUUUCUUUGAAGAGGGCUACUUCUUUGACAUUGACAGUCACAACCAGACAUGUCACAAAAAGCCCCUUCAGUCAACUUACCACUGUCUGGAUAUACCUGCCAAUGCCACCCACGUGACGGAAGCCUACCUGGGCAGCGAGUUUGUUGGGGAUCAGGGCGUUCGCAUGAGGAAGUGGAGGAAGAGAGUCCCUGAGUUAGAAGGGGUUGUGACGGUGGCCACCACGUCCUGUGGCUGUCUCACACUGUCUGCUACCCUGUUUACAGACUCCAACGAUGUCCUGGUGUUCAAUUUUCUUGAUGUGGAGACAGAGGUGAAGAACCCAAAGGUCUUUGUGCCUCCCGCCUUCUGUGAUGGGGUGGCCAUGGAGGAAGAAGCUGACACCUUCUUUGGUCUGUUUCACUGAGAUAGUGAAAUGCCUGAUUGACCGUCACCAGCAAAAUCUCAAUUGUCUCAACAAAUGUUAGGGCCUUUACUUUGGAUACACUCCUUGUGUAGAUCUUAGUUGUUUUAAUGUUCCUGGAAACAAAAUAAAAUUCUUUCUUGAAAAAAAAAA